CAUCCCACCGCCUUCAAGCUGCUAUUUGAAGAUUGGUUUGCAUGGGGCCGCAGGGUUAGCAUACAUAAUUGGCAUAUUCAGAGGAGAACUCGUUCAUACGGAGCAAGAGUCGUGACUAUCUGGCCACAUGCUCACUGCAUCCCCAUCUAAACUGGUAAGUUACCAGAACAUAUCUCACUAUUAGAACCAAGUUUGCCAAGCCAGUGGCCAGCGACUCACCGAUGGCGGAAUUAAUCGUUUGGUCGCAAACCAUCCACUUGGGACGACCACCGCCAAGCAGCUCUUACUCAAGGAGGGCCAAAGCUCGCAGCAAGAAGAGCAUCAGUUCGGAGGCCGGUCGAUCGGUAGAAACCACAGCGGGAAAGCAGAUCAGAAUCAGAUAUAGCAUUCGUAAUCCCGCGGAUUGGCCCAGGGCGUCGUAUGCGGCCGCCUCAAUCGGAUGCCCACGGUGCUGUUACACGCAGAUCCGCAGCCUGCGCGAGGAGGUCUUGGGACUGGACUGCAACUGCGAGAUAAACAACCUUGAAGGUAACAAGGUAAACAAAGGUGGACGAUGCAGUGUAAAGCGAGACGGGCACGUGACUGUACCAGCGGCGGGUAAGUCUUUACCCGACACACACACCCUCCAUCCGCGGAGUGAUGUCCAAGUCAGUAUAUCCAACCUGACGGAGUCUCGGGCUUCCUGUCAAAUACUGAGAAGAGACAAUGCACUACGGUGUAUGCGAGGGCUAAACACGUGAGGGCGACUCCACCAUAGUAAAGAAACUAGUAAAC